AACCUAGUGUAUCUAAGAACCUUGCCUCUGUCGUGAAUCGACCCAUUGCCAACUUUACAGCACCAAAAUAACACUUCAGAUGGCUGUCAUCCCAAUGACACUGCUGAUUCUGCUUGACGAAAACGGAAUUAAACAUUCGGUCAUUUCCCCAAACUGAGCCAUACAAAAUCCUAUAACAAUCUAUUCGCGCCAAACCGUCAUACUGCAAAAUGCCAAUCGAAAAUCUGGAAGAACAGGGUUUGGAGAAGAACCCCAAUUUGGAGUUGUCGCAAAUAAAAUUUUUACUCAGCCUACCGGAACAUGGUCAAAAUAAAGAACUAGCCGAGAAGUUGCUUACAGCAAUCAAAGCCGAUUUUAUGGCACCCUGGUAUGAAGAGAUAUGCAAAGAAUUGAACUGGUCUGUAGAUCAGAAGCUGCUUGCAGAGAUGAAAGAGGUCAAUCGGAAGAAGCUCGAAGAGCUCGAUGCUGUCAUCGAAGAUGCCGAGAAAAACCUCGGUGAAAUGGAAGUUCGAGAAGCCAAUUUGAAAAAGUCGGAAUAUCUAUGCCGCAUUGGCGAUAAGGAUGGAGCCAUUUCGGCAUUCCGCAAAACCUACGACAAAACAGUAUCACUUGGCCACCGCCUGGAUAUUGUUUUCCAUAACAUUCGUAUUGGAUUGUUUUAUUUAGACCACGAUUUAAUCACUCGCAACAUUGAAAAAGCGAAGACUUUAAUCGAAGAAGGAGGUGACUGGGAUCGUCGGAACCGUUUGAAGGUCUAUCAAGGAGCAUAUUGUGUAGCUAUCCGUGAUUUCAAAGCUGCUGCUAACUUCUUUUUGGAUACCGUUAGCACUUUUACAAGUUAUGAACUGAUGGACUACGCCUCUUUUGUGCGCUACACUGUCUACGUUUCAAUCAUAAGUUUACCGAGGAAUGAACUUCGCGACAAAGUCGUAAAGGGAGCCGAAAUUCAGGAAGUACUUCACCAACUCCCUGACGUUAAAGACUAUCUCUUUUCUCUUUACAACUGCCACUACUCGGACUUUUUCAAAAAUCUCGCUUUGGUAGAAACCUUUCUCCGUAAAGACGUGUUGUUCCAUCCUCACUAUCGUUUCUAUGUGCGUGAAAUGAGAAUUCUUGCGUAUACUCAAUUACUCGAAUCGUACCGCUCAUUAACGCUCCAGUACAUGGCCGACGCUUUUGGCGUUAACGUAGAUUACAUCGAUGCUGAACUAUCUCGUUUCAUUGCAGCCGGUCGUUUGCACUGCAAGGUUGAUCGAGUUGGCGGCAUUGUCGAAACCAACAGACCGGAUAGUAAAAAUUGGCAGUAUCAGGCCACCAUCAAGCAGGGAGAUAUUCUGCUGAAUCGUGUCCAGAAGCUGAGCAGAGUCAUCAAUAUUUAAAAAGGAUGUGGUUGCUGUUGCAUAACUAUUCUGAUUAAUUUCUGUAUUCAAAUUCAUUUUCUGUAAUGUAACUGAUGUAGUUCAGAAUAAAAUCAAGCAGGAAUCACUCUUA